AUGGACAAGCUCCCGGAGCCGCUGCUGGGCCUGGAGCAGGGCCUGGCCUGCCCCGGCCCGGCCUUUCUGGCCGCCUGGGACUGGAAGGAGCCGCCGGGCCCCUUCGAGCUGGGCCGGGCCGGCUCCCCGCAGAGCCUGUCCCCCGCGCCCUCCUUCGCCUCCUCGUCGUCGCCCGCGCACCCCGGGGUGGCCGAGCUGGCCUGCGGCCCCGGCCCGGGCGGGGGGCCCUGCGCCAUGCUGGCCUUCCCCCCCUCCUACCUGCAGAGCCCGGGCCCCGGCAAGGCCGCGAAGGGCCCCAAGGUCAGGAUGUCGGCCCAGCGGCGGCGCAAGGCCAGCGAGCGCGAGAAGCUGCGCAUGAGGGCCCUGGCCGACGCGCUGCACACCCUGCGCAACUACCUGCCCCCGGUCUACAGCCAGCGCGGGCAGCCGCUCACCAAGAUCCAGACCCUGAAGUACACCAUCAAGUACAUCGGGGAGCUCACGGAGCUGCUGAACGGGGCCCAGCGGAGCUAGCGGCCGCCCGCCCGG